UGCUCCACGAUCAGGGCCAUCUUUGGUCGUCCUCGCCGGUGACAGUGUGGACAGUUUAUUCCAGUGGUCAUUUAUGCCUCGUGAUUCAUUAACAAAAGUUCAUUUUGAACGAGCCGUCUAAAAGCACUCGGGCAGAGAAAUAAGGGAGCCGAAUCCCCGUUUUUGUGUGUGGAUUCACUGGUAAUUCCUUCAUCCAAUACCCUUCAUUUCUCAAGGCAAGAAGAAGGGCGAGACGGGAGAGGCGGUGAUACAACAUGGAUGAGGAAUAUGAUGUGAUCGUUUUGGGCACCGGACUCACAGAAUGCAUUCUGUCCGGGAUCAUGUCUGUGAACGGGAAAAAGGUUCUGCACAUGGACAGGAACCCCUACUACGGCGGCGAGAGCUCCUCCAUCACCCCUCUGGAGGAGCUGUACAAGCGCUUCAGUCUUCCAGACAGCCCGCCCGAGUCCAUGGGCAGAGGGAGGGACUGGAACGUUGACCUCAUCCCCAAGUUUCUCAUGGCCAACGGUCAGCUGGUGAAGAUGCUGCUAUACACAGAAGUGACACGGUACCUGGACUUUAAAGUAGUGGAGGGAAGCUUUGUGUACAAGGGAGGAAAGAUCUACAAGGUGCCAUCGACCGAGACGGAGGCACUAGCUUCAAAUCUGAUGGGAAUGUUUGAGAAGCGAAGGUUUCGGAAGUUCUUAGUCUUCGUGGCCAACUUUGAUGAGAAUGACCCCAAAACAUUUGAGGGCGUGGACCCCAAAACCACAACGAUGAGGGACGUUUACAAGAAGUUUGACCUGGGCCAGGAUGUCAUCGACUUCACCGGCCACGCCCUGGCCCUCUACAGGACGGACGACUAUCUUGACGUUCCCUGUUUGGAGACGAUCAAUCGUAUCAAGCUGUACAGUGAAUCGCUGGCGCGGUAUGGGAAGAGCCCCUACCUCUACCCCCUGUACGGUCUGGGAGAGCUGCCGCAGGGAUUUGCCAGAUUGAGUGCAAUCUACGGAGGGACCUACAUGCUGAACAAACCAGUGGAUGAGAUAGUGAUGGAAGGCGGCCAUGUUAUUGGAGUGAAGUCUGAGGGCGAGGUGGCCCGUUGUAAGCAGCUAAUCUGCGACCCCAGCUACAUCCCGGACCGCGUCCGGAAGGCUGGCCAGGUGAUCCGCGUGAUCUGUGUGCUCAGCCACCCCAUCAAAAACACCAACGACGCCAACUCCUGCCAGAUCAUCAUUCCUCAGAAUCAGGUUAACCGCAACUCAGACAUCUACGUGUGCAUGAUCUCCUAUGCUCACAAUGUGGCUGCCCAGGGGAAGUACAUAGCCAUCGUCAGCACCACAGUGGAAACGAGCGAGCCCGAGGCGGAGAUAGAGCCGGCCCUGGAGCUGCUGGAGCCCAUCGACCAAAAGUUUGUGGCUAUCAGUGACCUUUAUGAGCCCACAGAUGAUGGUACUGAUAGCCAGGUCUUCGCCUCGAGGUCCUACGACGCCACCACUCACUUCGAGACCACCUGCAACGACAUCAAGGACAUCUACAAACGCAUGACCGGGAGCGACUUUGACUUUGAGAACAUGAAGCGCAAACAGAACGAUGUGUUUGGGGAGGAUGAGCAGUGAGCGGUAGAAGGGCUUCAGAGAGAAGGGGCGGGGCCGGGAGAGGAGGCGGGGGCGAAAGGGAGCAAACGAGGCGGCAGAGCCUGCAGGUAGAGGGCCCGGGGGCUGCCUGAGCAGUCCUUUAAAACAGACGGGUGGUAGCGGGGCGGAUAGGGGGUGUCUCUGGGCUCUGCCUGCCCUCAGCCGUUUGCCUCCUUUUCCUUACGUCCCUCUCUCUCUCUUGACACUCGUUCAAACACAUAUAUGCUCACAAACACACACACACACACACACACACACACACACACAGUCCUUAUCUCCGUCACUGAAAAGCAGGGUUGAUAUGGUCUUUCAUUCCAUUGUAGACUUUACAGUAUAAUCAUGUCUUAACUAUGAUCAUUAGAGGUGAAGUUAUUCCUUGUUGUUGCCGAUUUUCAAAGCAUUUCAUUCUUUGUGUAACGUCUUUCUUCUCAUAUCAGAGGUUGGCUGGAUGGAUGGAAGAUUGAUGGCAUUGAGAGGUGUGAACUGCGAGCUCUGACAUGAGAGAUCUGUAAUGGCUUAGUGUAGAAUCCUCUGGAAGGGUCCCCUCCAGUUGCAUGCAUCUUUUACACACACACACAGUAGUAUUGUACAUAGACUCAAAAUGACACUGCGGUAUGAAGGCUGGACCAUUCCACGCAUCGCUCCUGUCAACCCUGCUUUCACUUUUCUCUUAACUUGGUCUUUUACCUGUGUUUCGUCAAAAGACGCCGCUCCUUUUGGCAAAAUCUGUUGGUCAGGCGAAAAAACAAAAAAAAUGUGAUGAGAAAUUACAUAUAAAUGGGCUGUUCUGUCAACUGAUAGUGCUCACUUUGCAAUGCUGUUGUGUUCCCUGUGCUAGCAGGCAAGUUAACCAGUGGCUAUUAACUGUAAACCACUCCCCCCUGCCCCCCUCCCCCCCAAAAAAAAAGUUCCUUUGUUUAUCUCUGUGUGAUGUCAAUUUUGAAUUUUAAUAGUUUACUUUCUAACAUUUUUAAGUUAUUGAAGAGUUUUAUUUCUAUAUAUUUGGUGCACAUUUCACUGGCUGAAGUUAUGACGUUUACAGCUCCGAGGUUGAAACUGUGGUAACAUAAAAAUUAAAAAAAAAGGGAAAGUCAGGAGCAAAAGAGGCACGGGGAGGAUUUUUCUAGUGUAAGGCGAGGCUUUCUAUGAAGUAUUCUGGAAGAAUUGGAAUGAGUGAUGAAAAACUAAUUGUACUUGUUGAGAUGCGAGGGAGUGUGGCAAGGAGGGACAGAAUGUAUGUGGGGAAUGUUUUGGAUUUUGGAAAGUUUCACUUUUGAGUGAAGAGGGUGAAGACUGAAAUUUUGGCUCAAAGUGAAAGCACCAGAUUGUGUCUCGGUUGUUUCAACCCUUGUGUAUGUCCUGUAGGUGAGUCAUUCCUAUGAAAAACAGUAGUUGUCAAACAAGCUGGAUACUUUAAAAGACUUUGUAGCAAAGGUAUGGAGCCACAGUUGCACGUGCCGCCCCAACAAGAACGAACCGAGAUGCUUUUAUUUGAUCGUGGCCUUAAUUUGGGGGUCUUAUUCAAAUGUUUGGGCCCUUUGCAAAAGUUGCUUUGUUUUAAUUAACGGUUAGUGGCAGGUCAGUCUAGUGCCAAAAAAACAGUGUUGCUGUUAUUGGCAAAAAUUCCAGACAUGUGAAAAGUGCAGUUUGGUACUGCUUGUUGCUCUGCAGAUCUGACUGAAUACUAUAGAAGGGAUGGGCUGUUAUCGUACACCUGACUGAAGGCUCAUAUAUCUCUGCAGUGCACACUCACUCACUCACUCACAGCCAGACUGAUCUGUGGCACGUUACACAUCCACAACAGAAAAAUACUUCGCACAUCUACUGUAGGAUGUGAGACAGGUGUGUCAGAGGGGGGACAAUUAGGUGUGGAGUUGCAAAGAAACUCCCCCACGCUGUCUUAACUUGAAUUCAAUAGCUGGCAAGGUUUCCGUACUAGACCUUCAUCAGGCAAAAAGGGAUGUUACACAACAGACAGACGCCCUGAUCGUUUUCUUUAAAAACACCGACAGAGUUCCAGCUCACUUCAUCCAGCUCGACAAAUCCCUUAGCAACUCUAUACAAACUUAUGGCGUGUUGACGUGUCUUAUUGUUAUGCUCUAUUUAUUUGAAUUUCACUUCCGUAUUGUGGAAAGAAUUUUUGUCAAAUGCUGAAUAUGCUAUGCUAUUAGAUUAUGUUCUGAUGAACAAAAAUGGAUUUUAAAAGUGAUGCACACCCAAAUUCUUUGUUUUUGUUUGUUUUUGUUGCCGUGUCAUGUCAUGCGUUACGUCCCCCUUAUUCAGUGAUCAUUCCAGUGUUGCAUCGCAAUUUAAUACGGUUUAUUAGCAUUCCUAAGAAAGGUUUUGCAACAGUCGGUCACGGAGCGAAAAUCAAAAUCUAUACAGCUGCGUGUCCACCAACGUUUUCACACCGCGCAUCGUUCGACACUGUGUGUGCUCUUCAUCCUGGAAACAUGUUAACUGAUAAAAACUGGAAUACUUUUUACUCUUUGAGCAUAUCUGAAGCCCUCCCUCCCUUGCCCUUCCUCAGCAUCAGAUACUGUCCCCUUUUUCUUUUUUAUUUAUUGAAAACAAAAGCCUCAUGUGUGGUUGUACUCUUUUAAUUUCCAUCCAGGCCUUUUUGGAAACCACUAUUGACAAUAUCCCUUGAAAUUGACAAAAGUUCAAAAUAGUGUCAGGCUGAGUAGUAGAAAACUUACUGUCCUUGUUUGAUCACUAGUACGUGAGCAAUGCCUAAUGUCUUGUGUAACAAAUAAAAUGAAUUAAACUAUGAAUGAAAUGAUAGAAAAAUAAAAAGCACAUGGCAAACCUGGAAAGAC